UUCCAGGCGAUGAAACUCAUUCACAAGCACGGUUUAUCGACGGCAAUAUUCGCUCCUGGUUGGACUUUUGAAAAAUGUUCAAAUGUUGAGCUUUUCCUACGGAGAGAGAUGCUAUUCUGGAGCCAUAUCUGGCCCUAUCUCUUCAUCCAUGGACCUGUCACACUACCCUUCAAAACGUCAUUCUGCAUAGGCCGAGGGAAAAACAAAUGGCAAAUGGGAAACAUUGUUGGAGAUAAAUGGGGUUGCUUAACAAAUCAGCAAUACCAACUCUCCACUUGCUAUUGUCCUGGUAGAGAGGAUGGUGAAACAGACACUACUAGUUGCCUCGACAUUGCUACCAGCGAGUCUUUUCAAGGUGGUACUUGCAUCGAAAUAGUAAACCACAAUAACAAACUCGAAAUAAACAAAAGCAUGAUCAGAUUAUUCACGUGUGGUUUUUCUUGUCCUGGGCAGAUUUUCAUAGAAUUAACUUACAAGUCAACUUCUCCCAUAGCAUUGGUGCUAUUUGUUCAGGAUGAGAAACGUAUCAGAAAAGUGUUCUUGACCUCAGUGGAUUGUCUUGUUGAAUUGUCAGAUACCAAUUCUAGAGUGAGGAAAAUCGAAAGAAAUUCACACAUUGAUAUCCUGAAACGGGUUUCCAAGCAAGUUCAUCAGAAUGGUUGGUUAACUGACGCAUUCGUGUACGAUUUGAUCGGCAGGACCAUCAUCGAAAUAGAUUUUGUAAAUCUUGGUGUUGAGAAAUCUACAGUUCUCCUUGGAGAAUUAUCGCUACAGAAAAGAUAAAUUAAAGUACCUAGUCACUAGACUAGUAAAAUAGAGUACAAUGAUGUAAUAGAAGCACCUGUUACUUCUACCUAUUUUUGGAUUUGCUACUUGAUAAAAAAGGCUAUGGUCAGUGCUUCCCAACCGUUUCUCUACCUAUCAAAAUAAUACAAUCUAUAUUAUAAAUUGUUUCAGCUAUUAUAAUGUAUAAAUUGGCUAUAUGGUCUCUUGUGGAAAAUUGUUGAAUACUCAAAGAUUUACUGAAGAUAUAUAAUUCUAUUAAAAAAGUUAUGCAGAUCUCAGAAUAUGGUUAAUUUCAAUUUAUUAUUUGUUCCUAUCGGAGCGAACAAUUCAAAUUCGAAUUACUUCUAUUAUUCAAUGAAUUCGAGGAACAAAGUACAUUACUGCACCCUCAUAUGAAUAGACUUUCCAAUUGGAUGUUUUGUCUGUCUACGAAAGUAAUUGUAGAAGUAAUAAUAAUAUAAGGCUACAAUUAUUAUUUUAAAUGCCGAUUAUACAUUUUUCAAGAAUAGGUGAUAAAAUUGAGGUUGAUUCAUUGGUGUCCAAAGCGAUAGUUAUUGUCGAACAUACAAUCACCAAACUCCUUAAAUACUAACUGAGAACUCGCUUGGCUCGUUCAAUAAUUAUUGUCAUAAAUAAAAAAAAAAUGAUGAGUCUACUUUUGUGAUUGAUUUAUGUAGUACUGUACUCAAGUUUAAAAUAUUUUUCAAGUUAUCUGAAAUUGCUUUGUUGGAGAGAGAUAUAUUGAUUGUUAUUAUUUCUUCAUAUUCUAUUGUUAUAACAUAUUUACGAAAUAAUAUAAUAUUUUGCUCAAUUUUCCACAAUAUUCUAGCUAUAAAUAUUAAUUUGAAACCUCAUUGUUCCAUAAACGUGAUAAAUUUAUGUAUUUUUAGAUUUUAUUAAAUAUUUUUAUAAGCGUU